GCCGUUGGAUGGUUGCGCAUGGGUAUCAUACAUGUGGUACCAUAGCAAGCACCGGUAGCAGAUGAGGUUGGUCCAACUACAAAUGGCUAGUAGAUCACUUUGAGAAGAUGGAUCAGUUGGUGGCUCUUCUAGAAGGUGUCUUAUCAAGCCCUGGCAAUUUGAAUCUGAAUUUGAAUGAACUGGCAGAUGUUCUGAAUUUUACUUCUACUACGACUUCCACUGCUCUGGGUGAAUGUACUGCUAGUGUUGACUCCACAUGUUCUACCAGCACUGGGUCUUCUAGUACCGGUAGCACUGGAAAUGAUCUGGUGGAUGAUGUCUUGACAAUUUUGAAAAUGGCUCUGAUCCAACGAGAACGAGAAUUCCAGCAGCAGCUAGAGCAAGAGCAAGGAGGAUCCACCAUGACAAUGACAAUGACAUAUCUGGCAGUUGCAAUCGUUGUAAUGGCUCUUUGCGGAGCCAUUUGGAAGAUCAUGCUGCUGGAACAACAGCUGCACUUGGUCCAUCAAAGAAUGGAUCUUUUGACCACUCAGAUCCAACUAAUGCAAAUGCAACUUCAGCACAAAAACAAUAGUAGUAGUCGACAAAAACAAGAGCAAGCACAGGAAUCAUCACUGAGCACUAAUGGUGGUCCUCCUCAGGCACCUCAGGCAAGUCAGACUAAACAGAAUCAGACACUCCUCACUGAAGGUUCAGAAAGUGAUUCGGAUGUUCCAAACCAAGCCGAACCACAGGAACAUGACCAGAGUGAUGAGGGUGACAGCAGUAUCAGUAGUGACCAUACUACUAGUAGUGAUGACAGCAGUACUAGUGAUGAUUCUGGCUGGGGCACUGGAACGGGCACUAGCACAGACCAAUCAGACGACAUCGACCCACUUUCGCCUAUCAGAGACAUGAAAAACAACAGUAUCUUUAUUACGGAUACGAGUAUGGUACCGGUGGAUGAAUCACUCAGCCCAGAGAGACAGCCACCGCCUGUCACUGAUGACAUUGCUCUUCCAAAAGUCAAGUUUGUGGACCCUCCCAAUUCCAAACAGGUCACGAGCAAUAUGCCAACCAAUGCACCUCCACCUCCAUCUCCAUCUCAACCAAAAGAUGAAAAACGACACUUGUCACUGGAAAUGCUGGAAAUCAUACAGCAAUAUCGAAAACAAGCAGCCGCCUCGCCAAAAUCAGGGCAAAAGGCUCUGCAUCUCGUCACUCAAGAUGGAAGAGAAGAUGUCAUGAAAGCAUUACUCGAUCGAGGAGAAAAUGCCAAUGUAAAAGACACGGAAGGAUCCACACCACUCCAUCUGGCGGCACAAAUCGGAAACGAGGCUAUGGUCAGAAUGUUGUGCCAGUAUGGAGCCGACCUACGCGUACGAGAUCGAUACGGUCAAACGCCACUUCACGGAGUCAACGCUGUCAACGUUGUCGAGACCAUUCUAGAUACUAGUGUCCUUUCUAAAACGAAUCCAAACGGGAUGAGUGACAAGGAGCUUUCCUCCGGUGCAUCUUCCAUGGCCAGCGCGGGAGGGUGGACGGGGCAUGCCACGGGAUUUGAUGAUGACGGCCCACAACAAAACGGCGAGGGUCGCAUUAGGAUCACAACACCACGGCAAACAAAACCGCUAUCCGCUUUAUUGUUGUCGGCCAAGGACCGAUGGGGUCUCACGCCACUUCAUUGGGCCGCCAUCAACAACAAACCAGACAUUGUUCGAAUAUUGCUUGAUCGUGGGGCAAACACUUCCAUAACCGACAAGAAGGGAUACACGCCCUUGCACAGAGCGGCAUUGGAAGGACACUUUCACGUCAUGGAAAUCCUCGUUAAACGAGGCGCCAAUGUUUCGGCCACGGAUCGAUCCGGGGCAACGCCAUUGCACUACGCGGCCAGCAGGAAGGGGAACCAAAAAGCCAUUCGAUUGCUCCUCCAUGCCGGGGCCGACAUUAACCUGCUCGACCAAAAGACUGGGCUGGCGCCGUUGCAUCACGCCGCCGAAAAAGGACACAAAGAUGCCGUCGUCGUACUGCUGUCGGAUAUGAAUAUUGACUUGAAUUCACUAUCCCAGGAUGGACGAACGGCAUUGCUGCUCGCUGUGGAUGCGGGACACAAGGAAGUGGCCGAUUUACUUCGCAUUGGAGGUGCUCGAUGACGACGGAUCGAAUGACAUUGUACGUACGGUUGUAUGCGCCUUUAGCGCUAGUUCGAUCUCCACAUUGGCCGAAAUAAUACCUACAUACAAGUUCGGCAUGCAUUAUUAAUAGUGGCGAGUCAAACAAAAUCGACGUGCAUGAAGAUGACAAACGAUGCUAACAGUACGACGCCAAAAUCUCCUAUGACGAGAAAAACCGAUGCCUGCGCCCCACCAGAUCAAGAAAUACGACAUUCCAUGUGUCCACCUGACAAUCUGCUCAGGGCGAAUGAGUCGAGUCCGAUGAUGGUUUCAAAGGUUUCAGAUAAAACUGCCUAUUUUAAAAUAUAUCUGGCGCCAUGAACCGAGACCAUUUGUCGCGGCUUCGCAGGCAUUCAUGCAUUGACUGUCACUUCGAAGAUCGAUCGCCUCCCAGGUCAAUCCUUGCACAAACGUGGACAAUGAUAGACACAUCAUGUAGCGUCACGUGACAAAAGUAAGCUUGUGAGGCGGCUUCUAGAGUGUGCCCGAUGGGACCCCAACCGCCACGGAAUUCAUGGCGAAGCAAAUUCAUACAGAUUUGAGUGCCUUGUUGAAGGCCGAGUGCAAAGAGUUUCAAGGUGUCUUGUGUGUCAAGUUGUGGGAGUCACACAAGGCAUGGGCGAGCUAUAGUGGUAAAGUAUAAGAAAGGCAUGAAGGUGGCCACCCAGCUAGUUCAGAAUGACCAAAAUGCUACUAGAGCGAGAUCCAAUGUUUGGCUUGCUUAUUCAUUCAAUGUGAGUAGUGUAGGUACGGUAGCACAACCAUUGUCAUGUCAUUCAAUCAUGAUUGCCCCACUGCAUUUUACCAAGCUAGCUAGUUGAAGGGAGCAAACCCCCAGGCGACUCGGCACGAGGCUCCGUAGCUGCUCGCUUCUUAAGCUGAUUGAUUUGUUCUUCGAUGAAACUCUCAUUGAUGUUCUUGAGCGAAUCCAGUCACCAUCUCCCUUUUUCGACAUCCGACAUGCUGCGACCGCACCUCUUUGUAAACAUACGAGACUGCUUCCACUGGUCCAGUCGUGCCCUCCAUCUUUCUUCUGUAAUUAGUACCGAUACUGGUACCAUCCUGCUACGGCUUCAUUUUCAAUUGGCCACAAGGGCUUGGGAAGAAAAUCCGAGGUGCUCGGAAGAAAAUCCAAUCUUGCCCUGUAGUUUCCCUAACUGAUUCUACACAAGGGACGAAUAAGAACUCAGCUCGAAAAAUGAGGGGUUUCUCGCGCCGGGGGACAAUGAAGAAACGGCUAGCAUUAACCUCAAAGAGAGGAUAUCCCCUUAAGUAAAAAGCCCUCAAAUUCCUCUUCCGAGCCCUUGAAUUCCUGAGAGGACCCCUCGAAUUUUCUUCCAGAGUCCUUUUGGCCAAUUGAACCCGAGGCCGUACAUGUAGUAGUACUCCAGAG